CUUGGACAUGGGAUCAUGGUGCCUGAGGCCACACUGAAUUAUGCGGCCGCCAAAGCUACGACCCCUGGCCGCUUUUUAAGAAUGGUCAGCCGCAGACUUUGGAAGCCCGAGGAACUUUAUAACCGAAGCGUGUCAGGACGACCCUGCAGGGGCCACCUGAAGCACGGGGCAGUGGGGAAGGCGCCUUUAACCCCUGAAAAGAUUGAUGCCCUCACUGUUGCCUUCAGCCGCUGUCCCAAAAGGGCCCCCAAGAAAGACAAGAAGGAAGGUGGAAAGCAGGGGCAAAAGAAGCCUGCGAGGGAACUCUCCGUGAAGAAGGUCGUAAAAAAGUUAAUGGGGGACUUCAUGGUGGAGAAGAACAGAUCGGCCGAGAAGGCCCAAGGCAUGCAGAAGAAGGCCCCUUCUCACUGCUUGGAUGCUGAGGAAGACAUGUAACGUGUGACUAUGUGCAAACAUAUUUUUUUUCUUUAUGGAGUUUUUACCUUAGGAUUUGUUACAAAUAGCCUUUUCAUUUGUUUUUUUAGUUCUUUCAUACUGUUCGUCCAGAGGUAAUUUUUUUUAACUACAGAAUUUUUUUAAUGUACUGUUUUUAUUAUCCAAUGCUUAUAAUGAACAUUAGUUUUGAAAUAUUUUAUGUAACUGUUUUUUUAAGACUUUUUUUAAAAAUAAUGUUGAGAGCAUGGCAGCCUUACAACGGCGAUAAUAGCCCACAAUCUUCGCUGUACU